AUGGAACUCCUCAUGGUUGACGUAUAUAAGAAGCAGGUGUUUCCGGCCCAUAUUCAUAUUGCAAAGAAGUGGUCGGGAAAUUGUCCUCGGUGUGUCGGUACCGUGGGCCUACUUUUCAACAUCGCCAUUACCAUCAUCAGCAUCCUCAGGUUCAUCAGCACCCACAUUGUUUACUAUUUUGAGGAUUGGCCAUUGUCAUCACAAUUGCGAUACCCGUUCCCACCCUCGCUGUGGGCUACCUAG